GUGCCAUACAACUGUUCAGCUGCUUUUACCCUAAAUUUAUUCUGUAGGAUGUGAUCCCGGGGUCGAGUUUCACAAACCAUGGCAACAUCAGUCCUUCAACCCGAAGAGUGCCGACAACAUGAACCUAAGCCAGACCUGGAUUCCCCUCGUCUUACAGACGAUGAACGGGUUCAGAUCAUUGAAAACAAUGAACGGGAGACGGGGGAACUGCCGCCGGAGUUAAAGGAGAAGGCUCGUCUGGAACUGAGGGAAGAGCCUGUUUUGAGAGAGGAGGCUUUAGCUCAGAUGAGGCAUUUCAUUGAAAAACAUCCUGCCAUUAAGAAAUGUCGGACUGACGCGCCCUUCUUGCUUCGUUUCCUCCGUACCAAGAAGUUCUCCAUACCGCAAGCUUGUUCUAUGCUAGAGCGCUACCUGACCAUUCGGCAAAUGUACCCUCAAUGGUUCCAGAAACUUGACCCCCUUGACCCGAAAAUCGCAGCUGUGAUCGAUGCUGGAUAUCUUGUGCCUCUGCCUAGGAGGGAUUCGGAGGGAAGACGAGUUGUGCUUUCUUGCAUGGGUCGGUUUGACCCGCACGUGUACGACAGCUGCGUCAUGGCGCGAGUGCACUCCAUGAUCGUGGAGCUGUUGCUCGAUGAGCCGCGCUCCCAAUUAUUGGGAUACUCUCAUGUCAAUGACGAGGCUGGCAUGCAGAUGCCUCAUGUCAGUCUUUGGUCCCUGACUGACGUCAGAAUUAUGCUUAAUUGUAUACAGAAUUCAACACCAAUGCGUCACAAACGCACACAUUUCGUCAAUAUUCCGCACUACGGCGCCAGAUUCUUUGAGUUUGCAGUUUCUCUGCUUAGCGAUAAACUAAAGGAUCGUGUUAUGUUCCAUCGUACCUGUGAAGAUUUAACAAAACACGUGGAUCCAGCGAUUCUACCAAAGGAGUACGGCGGCACUGUUCCUUUGAGAGACAUGAUUGAAGAGUUGAAAAGAAAACUUCUGAAAAACAGAGACGAACUUUUGGCUUUGGAUGAAAUGGUCAUCGACCUAUACGCUCUUGAAAAGAACGAUUUAACUCAAGACAUUCACUCAACUGCUGGAUCCUUCAGAAAACUGGAGUUAGAUUAGUAAUAUUAGCAUUAAUUUUGUAAUACUCAUAGUUAUUGGGGCCACUUCUGUUAAUGAUAAUAUUAAGCUAAAAAAUAAUCAGUAAAACUGUAUUUGGCGUUUUAACAUUCAAAAUUGAUAGUAGUUAUAAUUAAUUGAUCUUGUAAACAAAAAUAUAAUUCUAUACUAUUUUUUGUAAAAUUUAACUCUUAAAUUAUUCUUAUAUAGAUUUAAGAGCACGUCAAAAUUGACACUUAGGGUCUAUGCACACGGCAUAUUUUAUACGUGCGGACGAUGCGCAUUUCACGAACGCGCUUUGAACGUGCGAUGAAGAUGUUCGAAAAGCAGAUUGUUGCGUUUGUAUCGAUUCAAACGCGACACAAAUGCGCGUUUGCAUUGAAUUAAACAUCGCGUUGCAAGACUGAGGAAAGGGGCAGGGCAUGGGCGCGCACUCACGCCACCGCUCCAUAUUAUUACGGCACCGUAAACGCGCAUCAUCUGCGCGUGUACACGCGUCAUCUGUGCGUAUACGCGCCGCAGACGCGCUGUAGUGAAUCGAUUCAAACGCACGCAAACAUCGCGUUACAAGCAAGAAGCUUAUAUACUCCACUGGAGUUUACACUUAGAAUUUCAUGUAAUUGCUUCAUUUUAAAAAAUUCACUGAAAUUAACAAACAAAAGUAAAACUAAAUCUAUCUUUUAUGAAAAUGCGCGACUCGACACGAAAUUCAACUUAAUGCCGGAUAUUAUAAGAACAUUCCAAAUUCCAAAGCGUCAACUUUGAUGUGCUUUUCACUGUACGAUCGGUCACAGCUACAUGUAUACAAAAUUCACAUAAUUCUCCAUUGGACAAAAAAAAUUACUAGAGAGUUUUGGCGGUAAUGACA